AGUUUCACAUUUGACCGUGGUUAAGUGACAGGAAACGACGCGUGGUGGAGAGAAUAGGAUAGAGUUAGGGUUUUCAGAAAAGGCGGAGUGUUCUCUUUCUCUCUCUACGCUGCUCUUCGAUCUAGGGUUUGGCAAUUUUCAUUAAUUUCCUCAGUCUGUACUAUAUUGCACAAUGGCUGAUGGUCAUGAAACAGAUAAGAACAUUGAGAUAUGGAAGAUCAAGAAGUUGAUCAAAGCAUUGGAAGCUGCUAGAGGCAAUGGUACCAGCAUGAUUUCUCUUAUCAUGCCUCCUCGUGAUCAAAUAUCAAGGGUUACCAAGAUGCUUGGAGAUGAGUUUGGAACUGCUUCAAACAUUAAAAGUAGGGUCAAUCGUCAAUCUGUUUUAGGUGCAAUCACAUCUGCGCAGCAGAGAUUGAAGCUGUACAACAAGGUUCCUCCUAAUGGUCUUGUGCUGUAUACUGGCACGAUUGUGACUGAAGAUGGAAAGGAAAAGAAGGUGACAAUUGACUUUGAGCCUUUCAGGCCUAUAAAUGCCUCUCUUUACCUAUGUGACAACAAGUUCCAUACGGAAGCUCUGAACGAACUUUUAGAAUCUGACGACAAGUUUGGUUUUAUUGUCAUGGAUGGAAAUGGUACCCUCUUUGGCACAUUAAGUGGGAACACCAGGGAGGUGCUUCACAAAUUUACUGUUGACCUUCCAAAAAAGCAUGGAAGAGGUGGCCAGUCGGCUCUUCGAUUUGCUCGUCUUCGAAUGGAGAAGCGGCACAACUAUGUGAGGAAAACUGCAGAGCUUGCCACCCAGUUUUUUAUCAAUCCUGCCACCAGCCAGCCCAAUGUUUCAGGGUUGAUACUUGCUGGUUCCGCUGACUUCAAAACUGAGCUGAGUCAGUCUGACAUGUUUGAUCCCCGUCUUCAGGCCAAAAUACUGAAUGUGGUUGAUGUUUCUUAUGGAGGUGAAAAUGGUUUCAAUCAGGCAAUAGAGUUGUCAUCUGAGAUCCUAUCCAAUGUGAAGUUCAUUCAGGAGAAGCGCUUGAUAGGGAAAUAUUUUGAGGAGAUCAGCCAGGAUACUGGGAAGUAUGUCUUUGGCGUUGAUGACACACUGAAAGCUUUGGAGAUGGGUGCUGUUGAGACCCUGAUUGUGUGGGAAAAUCUUGACAUUAGUAGGUAUGUUCUGAAAAACAAUAUUACGGGUGAGAUAGUCAUAAAACACUUGAACAAGGAACAAGAGAGCAAUCAGAGCCACUUCAGGGAUACGGCUACUUCUGCUGAAUUGGAGGUUCAGGAAAAGAUGUCACUGCUAGAGUGGUUUGCUAAUGAGUACAAGCGCUUUGGUUGUACACUUGAGUUUGUGACCAACAAAUCACAAGAGGGAUCGCAGUUCUGCAGAGGAUUUGGUGGUAUAGGUGGAAUUCUUCGUUACCAGCUGGAUAUGAGGUCCUUUGAUGAGGUUUCUGAUGAUGGAGAGAAUUAUGAUGAUUCAGAUUAGCAAUCAAUCCAUUGUUCCCCAGUGCUGGCACAGGGGGGAAUGGGAUCAAAAGCCUGCACUGGUGCGCGAGAUCUCGGGCUUAUUGCAGCUGCUCCCGUGAUGAUGCCUGAAAAUUUUCAUGGAGAAUUAAUCAAGGUUCUAAUCUUUGAACUUUUCCUCUAAAUCUAAUAGUAUAUAGUAUAGAAUUAUGGUUUGUUAGGGCUCUAACUCAGACAUGUUGAAGCCAGUACAACCCAAGCCCCCAACCAUUAUCCAUUUAUAUAUGAUAUGGGAUGUUUCAAAUACUUUCUACAACCAAAGCUUCCUUCAAAACCGAAUUUUGUGGCUCUUAUAGGUUUUUGAUGAUAGAUUUUACCCCUUUUGUUUUAAUUUGAUAUUUGGUUGGAUUUUUAAGUUUCUCUUUUUAAUUUCAUUUUUCCCCAUGAGAUUUAUGUGCACUAUUUAGCCUACUAGUCUUGACCUCAAGAAUAAGCCAAUCUUGGGACAAUAGGUUUCAGUGCGGAGGCUUGGGUUGGGGCCCUGAGCCAACCUGCCCGAGUUUCUGAUAAUUGCGUAAUUCUUUUUAUUAGCUGCCUGAAAUCAGGAGUGGUUGUCAUUUAUCUAACUUAUAACAGGAUUGAUAUGGCAAUAACACAUUGGUUUUGUGAUUGAGUAGUUUGGAUUGUCUGGAUGCAAGAACACAUCAAUAGCUUGUAACACAUUGCUGGGAGGGGGUUGCGUUGAAGCUUUCGUUUGUUUUCAUCAGCAUGGUGGUUGAUUUGCCCGAGAGAUGCAGAUACUUGUAUCAACCUUAGAAAUGGUUGGUUUAUGGUAAAAGGUCUAUUCUAGUUCUGCUGUCUAAAAGGAGUUUAUUUGGAAAGUUUAUGCAGGAGUUGCCUGCUGAACAUGUUAUACUUGCUAGUUCCUGAAGCUAUGACCAUGGAUUUGAUACUGCAAUCAGAUGAUAAUAAUUCUAUCUGUUUCUGAACCAUUAUAUGUAAUGAAAUAAGGAGACUGCUUUGCUGCCCAGAGAAACAGUCUAUAUAUGAUUUUAGAUGUUCAUCA